GCAGUGACAACAAGGAGGAAGCGCGCGGCGCGGGCAGAGCGGGAGCCGCCGCCGCCGCCACAGCCAGCGCCGCCCCGGCCCGGCCCGGCCCGGCCACCGCCGCCGCCGCCAUGAACAGCAAAGGACAAUAUCCCACCCAGCCCUCCUACCCGGUCCAGUCUCCGGGCAGUCAUCCCGUGUACCCACAGACUAUGCCCCUUCCUCAGCCGCCGCCGUACACAGACGCACCUCCUGCUUAUUCUGAGCUUUAUCGUCCCAGCUUCGUGCCUCUGGGGGCUGCCACCGUACCUACCAUGUCUGCGGCGUAUCCGGGCACUUCGGUGUUCCUACCCAUGGCCCAGUCGGUGGCCGUGGGUCCGAUAGGCUCUUCCGUCCCCAUGGCGUAUUACCCCGUGGGACCUGUUUAUCCUCCGGGCUCCACAGUCCUCGUCGAAGGCGGUUUUGAUGCUGGAGCAAGGUUUGGGGCUGGUGGAACAGCCAGUAUCCCUCCCCCCCCUCCCGGCUGCCCCCCCAACGCCGCCCAGCUGGCCGUAAUGCAGGGAGCCAACGUCCUGGUGACGCAACGGAAGGGAAACUUCUUCCUGGGAGGCUCAGAUGGCGGCUACACUAUCUGGUGAAGAAGGAAGGGGAGGGGGGGGGAAAAGGGGGGGCUACAUUUGUGUAAGGAAAGACAUCACAUACUGUCAGCACUUCUCACAACGUAACUGCUUUAGUCCAUAUUAACCUGAAGUUGCAGAGUAGACACACAGCCGUGAGGUGUCUUCCUGGUUCGGUGCCCGGCCCUUCAGGCACUUCAAAGCGAAACCAG